AUGGUGUCGAAAAAGGAGCUGGACGUGGCCAAGCUGGCCGCGAACCUUGCGAUGAAGAAACUGAGGCUGGCGACCGAGAAACGGAGGAAGAUCUUGAUGGGCGAGAGGAUGGCCGAGGCCGAGGAACGUCGGGCGAUCAAGGAGAAUCGGCGGCAGGCCAAAACGGACAUGACGGCGCGCGCGGAACAGCUGCUGGAGGACUCUCUGGGUGGCCUUGCGGGCGUCAACAUGAGCUACAUGGUUGACGUCGUCCUGGCCCUGCCGGAGGCGCUGCAGGACGAAGAGUUCGUGGAGGACUUCCGCAACGUGACAAAGAGGGUGGACCUCAAUGUCCGGAAGUUCCUGGACCAGACCCAGCAGAAGACCACGCAGUUCGUGAAAGACAGCACUUCCGCCUCCGACGUGGAGCUGCGAUUCAUCAUGGCGAAGUUCUUCCACGAGUCUGGCUUCCGUCUCCGAGGGCUCCACCAGGACAGCCUGAAGGCCAUCCAGAUGCUCAGGCGCACGGUCCCGGAGGACCUGGAGAGGGCGCUCUUCCCGUUCCUCGGUCAGCUGAACGCCAACACGGUCCGCCUCAGGAUCAAUGCCACCAGCUUGGCCACGGCUACCCCGAAGGAGGCCUGCGACCAGAUCACCCAGAUCAUGGCCAACGUAUCGGACUAUGCACUCGAGACCAUCGGCAAGGUGAUCGAGAACGUGUCCACGAGGGUACUGCCCAACAUGGAGAGGACGCUGCAGGUCUCCCCGAACAUCACCACCUUCGUGGGUUCGUUCCUGAACAUGGCGCGCCUCGAGGUGGGCGGCCUGCAGGAGGCGGCCCACAGCAUGGUCACCAGGGCCAGCCCCAUCAUCGCCGAGAGGGUGCAGUGCACCUUCAGCGGCGCGCGCCCGCGCGUCGGCCUCGGCCUCCUCAGCGCGGCCGCGGUGCUCGCGGCCACCUGGCUCCUGCAGUGA